AUGGGUCCUCCGCGAACAGCAGCCGCUGCCCAUCUGCUUGCCCAACGGGGCCGGUUCCAGGAAGGGUCCAUGAACGACCGCGCCUCGGCUGCCCCCCCGGUUCAGUUCCUGGGGUCUUUGGAGAGGGCGGCGCUGGAAAGACGCGCUCAGCUCGACGCGCGACUCUCCGCCGCUGCCGGCGGUUGCGGCGGCGCCGAGGAGCAUCGGUUCGGCGGCCUGUGGGAUGGGGCCGAGGAGAAAUCGUCGUCGAGGGGAGGCAGAAUGAAGAUAUUUGGACAGAUGUGGGUGGGCGUGCGAGAACGGCUGCGGCUCCGCAGGGACGACGACAGAGAUGCGAGGGGGAAAGCAAAGCCCGCGCCGUCCCCGUCAGGCGGGACAAGGACUGGCGCCAGGGAUGGCCCGCACGCGCUCCGGCACGAGGAGCGGCCGACCAGGGACGAGGUCUUUGCCAACUAUCACCAGCUCGUCGCCUCUGGCUUCUUUUCAUCCCAUGCCGUACUGUCUACCCGCCACGCACCUCCUUCCUCCUCGUCCCCUCAUCAUCAUCAUCAUCUUCAUCAUCAUCAACCAGCCACUUCCCAUCAUCCACAAGGCCUUGAUCCCCAGUGGCCGUUGGCUCCCGUCCGCACGUCGCCGGUCCCGAGCGCCGAAAGCAGCAACAACGGCAGCGGCGUCGUCCACGGCGGCAACCCUUGCACUCCGUCCCGUCAGUGCGCCGCCGCUUCGGCCGUCUGCUCUCCCAUGAGCGCCGCCUCGUCACGAGGCACCAAGCGCGCAGCGUCGGACGUGCCGGACGAGAGCGACAACGAAGGAGCCGCCCAGCACGAUGCCGGAGAAGACGAGUCCACGCUCGCUCAUCGGUUCCUCCCAAAACGCCUGCGAAUAACUGCCGCGCGGGACAUUUCCCUCCCGAAGCUGACGAGCGUCGCCUCGCGCAAGAACAUGCGCGCUGCCGUGGCUGCUGCGCGGCGAAGUCUGUCCGCGGGCGCACACGCCGCCAGUGGCCAGCCAGAGCAUCGCGAGCCGGUCGAGCUUGCCGACAAGGGGCCGUUGUCCCCCGACGCGGCUGACGCGGCUGACGCGGCUGACGCGCAGCAGCACGGAGCCGCGAGCCGCAGGAUCAAGCGUCCGACUAGUGCCCGGAACCUGAGGUCCGGCAAGCCGGCGGUGGUUACUGUCGACAAGGAGGUGCUGAGCGUAGUGCCUGAUGUGAAUAUGGGGAUUCCCAGCGUGCCCGUGAUCCCGGCAAAGUUUACCUAUGGGGAGGAUAGGGAGAAUGAUGGGCCGUGGCGAGGCCUGAGAAGAUGA